GUAGGGGCAAGCAGCAGGGAGCAAGGCAGGGAUUGGGGGCACAGAGACACAGACACAGAACACUGGGUCUGGACUCACUUCCGUGCGAUAAGGCAGUUAUUCACCCUGGACUAUAUUCAGAAGGUUAAUUAAUACAGUUGUGGAUGUAUAUUUUGUUUGAUCCUAUGACACUGGACAACCUUUUUCAUCACUUGUUGUUGACACGUAUUGGGAACGUAUUGACAGCAGCUUUCCUUUCUUGAGGAGACGCACACGGAGACGUACUGUACGUGAAUUCUCCUCAGAUACACAUACUAUACGUGUAUCUUUCAGAAGGGAUUAUGGCGAAACAACCUCCAUCCCCUACCACUCCAGUAUUUUUUACCCGGAUCAGUGAUCGGGAUCUGACUGAGAUCGAGCUACAUUCCGUGGAGUCCAUCAACGACCUGCACCGCACCCACCCAGAGCACAACCACAAAGGCAGCAGACGACCUCCCCUUCCUCCUGCUCCCUCCACCAAUGGAAACCUCCAUCUCCGGGACAGACCAGUUGUCUAUCAGACAGGGCAUCCAAUGAGAAGCCGAUGGCAGAGCACGCUCCGAGACCUGUUGAUGCCCACCUCGUUUCGAUACACCAUGGGGUGUGCAGUGACAUCACUGACGCUGUUGACGCUACUUCUUAUCUUCUAUUUCUUAGUGCAGCAGGGCAGCACUCUCCGGUCCCUAACGGAAGCAGUGAGGGAGAGACAGGCUGUGGCCCUAGAGGUCUCCCAGCUCAUCCAGGAGCUGCAGGCGCUGCGCCACAACCUCACAGCCAUCACGGGAGGAUCCUGAGGAGCAGAGGUCACGGAGAGGAACACCCUUCACCCCUGGACCCUGAAAUCCCCGUCCUAGUGGCCCCUGGACACUAAUGUAACACCAACUGUUAACUACCUGCCCCAACAUCUCCACUCAAGUCAAAUCCCUGCCCUGCACAUGGUAUUGGAACUUGGGCCCAUCCAGAAACAACCCCUACUGCCAUAUGCACAACAUAGCCCGGGUGUGCACAACAGAGCCCAGGAGUUGGAACCCAUAGAGAAUGUUUCCAUAUACUGUACUGUAUAUUUAUGAGUUGUUUGAUUUGCAAGACAAAUAGGGGAAAGAAAGACACUCAUUCAGUAAGAUUGCAGGGUAUUGAACACUUUAUAGCAUCUUUAGUGACAUCACAGCUUAAAAGACCACACUCUUCAACUGACAAUUCAUGUAUUCAUGUAUUUGAACAACUGCAUGAGGACAGAAAUGAUUCAGGUUCGAGACGUCCAUGUGAUCUGUGACUUAAACAUACUGUACAUACAAGCUACGCUGUAACUUUUAGAAGCGGUCCUCUUUUACAUGUAUGCAUGAGACAGGCGAUGUAUGAUGAAAUGU